AUGUAUGUGAAAUGGUUUGAUACAGGAAUGUUAUACUAUGUGAUUUUUAGUGAAUGUCACUGUUUCACUUUUUUAAAUUUCCCGCAAGUUCCGUCAACCGUACGUCCCGAUGUCGCAGGGAACGGAACCCGGAAGACAGAUGCCGGCAACCGCCGAAGGACAUUGCCGGGGACACUGCAGGAGGGACAUCGUGGGAGCGCAGGACAAGGUAAGAGAAGAAGAGAUCCCGGGAGCAACGCUGCAGAGUAUUCCCGAAUGUAGCUCGGGGUUACCGCUUCUGGUGCUGAAACUUUACCCCGAGCUACACUCAGGAAUACCUCCAGGGAGGAUUA